AUGAUGAACUUCGAAGUUAGCACCAAGCAAAUUGGUGUUGAUCUCACCGCUUUUGGUGCGCCCUUCAUAUUUCUUAGUAUUUUGAUGUUUCUUGAUGCAGCACUGCUAGUUACUGGAAAUGUAGGUGGCACUGACCGCGUUGCUGCUGCCGACGUUGCAGCACAACCAGCAACAGAGCAAUGA